CCAUUCUUCUCAACAAUUGAUUAACCCCGAUACUGAAUCAUUAGUUCAAUCAUCCCCUAAAGCUCUGCUGACUCGCUCAGACUUUCUCCAUCUUUCACCAGCAUUUCGCUGAGCCGAGGCGCCCAGCUCAUUUGCGGGGCUGAGCUUACUCUUCACCCCCAAGCUCGGUUCCUUGUAGACCAGGUGCGGGUUACGUAUAAGCUGUAAGGAUUAUCUGGUUCCGGUUGGGAAUUCAUUCUAUCAUCGCUACUUUUUGAACUUUAUCAUCCUUCGUCAACAACUUAAUUCGCAUCAAUCCACAAAGGUCAGUCAGCAUUGUGAGCCUGUAAGAAGCAGCAAUGGCUUCCGAAUAUUCAGACAUAAAAUUCGAGAUCCAAGGGAAGAUUGGAAUCAUCAAGUUCAAUCGCCCCAACGCUCUCAACUCUUUCGGUGGAAAUAUAAUUCCGGACACGAUCGCAGCAUUCCGAGUCCUCAACGACCAUCCCGACACAGUAUUUACAGUUCUAACUGGCGAGGGAAGGUUCUUCUCCGCUGGAGCUGAUGUCAAAGCGACUGCUGAAGCAAAUCAAAAGCCUGUCACAUAUAAGAAUGCAGCGGAGAAGAAAUUGGCCUUUCUACAAAAGUUUGCUUAUGCGACCGAACUCCUCCGCUCAAUGAUCGACCACAAGAAAGUCUUCGUCCUCGGACUCAACGGCCCCGCUGUCGGUGGCGGUGCAUGCUGGUUCCCCGGCAUUGCAGAUAUCAUCCUCGCUUCCAACACCGCCUGGCUCCAAUGCCCCUUCAGCGCACUCGGCCUCGUUCCCGAAAACGGGUCCGCCAUCUCCUUCGCCCAACAAAUUGGCAUCCACCGCACCAACGACUUUCUCAUGUUCGGACGCAAGCUAUCCGCCCAGGAGUGUGAAGAUUGGGGUCUCUACAACCGAGUGUUCCAAAGCGCCGGUGACGAAUUUCAGAAAGAGGUGAUGAGGUUUUUGGAGGGACAGUUGGAUGUUAAUGAUGGAAAGAGCAUGAUUGAGAUGAAGAGGCUACAGAACGCACCGAUUAGAGACGCAAGGUUGGUAGCGGUUGUUAAUGCGGUUGAUGCGUUGGCUGAGAGGUUUGUUGAGGAUGCGCCGACGAAGCGGUUUGCGGAGAAGAGGGAAGAGUUAGAGGGUAAGAGGAAAGGGAAGAUUUCGAAGAUUUGA